ACAUAUGUAAAGUUUGUCUUUUAAACCCUUUCAAUUUGAGGUUAUAUCAGGUUAUAAUUUCAUAACAUUAGAUAAUUAAUAAUCUACUUGUUAAAACUUGAUUAAUUGUUGGAAAAUUCAAAAUGUUUAAAUAACUUACCUAUGUUCGUUGGUGACUAGUCUUCUUUUCUUCAUUCUUGCGAUAAAAAAACGAAAUCAUGGUAAAAGAACGCGGAGUUAUUAUGCCGAUUAUCCGUAAUUUUAUAAAUUCAUUGAAACCAAAAGCAAGUAGACGACAUUUUGUAGGCGAAGACUAUAAUGGUACAAAAUAUUACGAAGAUUUGAAUCAACGAAAUCGACGCGGGCGAUCAUUUGAACCGAAAGAUCCUGAAAAUUUUCAAGAAGAAAUUCCAGCUGAGUGGGAGGCUUGGCUGCGAUACCGAAGACUUGAAAGACCUUCUGAUGAAGAAGUCCAGGCUAAUUACAACUUAAUGAUUAUGAAGAGAAGAAAUGCUGCUGAGCUAGAGAAGAAAUAUAAAGAAAAUGCUGGUAGAAGAGUCGAAGACAAUCUUCCUAAAGAAAAAUUAAGUUUUCCUACUUAUGAGGAAUACAAAGACUUUGGUCGAAAUUAUGAACCGAAGUCAGAUAAAUAAGUUGUAGAAAUUUAUCAUAAAGUAAAUAUAUAUAUCGAAUAAAUAAUAAGCUUUGUAAUAUAAAAAUUGUAAAUGUUUAUUAUAACAAAAA